AUGGCAGACCCCCCUCCCACCGUCGAUACCUCCACUGCUCCAGCUAAUCCAGCUCGUCAUCCUCGACGACGUAACCCUAGUCGACCCAACACCGGCACUGGUUCUGGCAGCGGACCUGUCCCGGAUGGAGAGGGAAGUGCCGCUGACCAGCCCCGCCCUGUCCGCGAUAGUCGGCGAAAACCUGCGCAGAAUCGACCGCCUCGGAACGGGAACGAUACUCGUCGUCCUCCACCGUCUUCAUCUGACGGUCCUACUGCUGACCGAGACCAGCCCGGUCCUUCGAAUUCUUCGCGCAAUAACAGAGGUCCUCCCCGUCAGAACCGUCGUGCUGCUAAGUUCAAUACCUCACUCAGCGAAGUUCCCCAGGCUACGAAGGACUCGACGGAGCAUACGAGCUCGCAGAGAUAUUCUCAUCCUGCGCUCAAGGAAGACGACCUCACGUCUAUUUUGAUCAAGUCCUUAUCUACGCACCCCUUUCCCGACUGUCCAAUCUGUUUCAAUGCGAUACAUCCUGCCCAGCCCAGUUGGAGUUGUUCGCCGUCGAUGCCUGCCGCGGGCUCUAUGGGCGAUAAGGACGACGAAGAAGGCGCGGGAGUGGUGAAGGGGAACGAGAAUGCGCAGUGCUGUUGGACGACUUUUCAUCUGAAGUGUAUCAAGAGCUGGGCUCAUAAGAGUGUGAAGGAUAUAGAAGAGGCUUGGAGGGCGAGGGGCGAGGUUCGGAAGGGCUCCUGGCGGUGUCCGGGAUGUCAGACGAAGAGGGAGGAGGUGCCACAGGGGUAUCGCUGUUUCUGUGGUUCGACUUUAGAUCCCAAACCUCCUCGGCUGUCAACGCCACAUUCGUGUGCCAAUCCCUGUUCACGUCCUCGCGUCUGUGGACAUGCUUGUCCUCUGCCAUGCCAUCCAGGCCCAUGUCCACCAUGCCAAGUGACAAUCCAAACAUCUUGCUACUGUAGCAAAGCGCCCAUCACAUUCCGCUGCUCGCACGCGCACCCCAGCAAAAACGGUUCUAUACCUCUCGUCAACCUUUCAUGUGGACAAAAGUGCGAAAAGAAACUCGGAUGCGGCAAUCACGUAUGUGACCAGAUCUGCCAUGAGGGCGAUUGCGCCCCAUGCGAGGUGAAAUAUACGGCGAAGUGUUGGUGCGGAAAGGAAGAGAGGCUAUUGGAUUGUGGCGUUGGAGAGAGGAAGGAGUGUGUCGUCGGUGAAGAGAAAUGGGAGGGACAGUUCGAUUGUGGCCAGCUCUGUGAACGUCCGUUUGACUGUGGUGCCCAUCGCUGUUCGAAACCAUGUCAUCCACCUUCGCCUUCUCCGCCGACUUGUCCUCUUUCUCCGUCUCUGGUCACACACUGUCCCUGCGGCAAACACACACUCUCCCCCGACUCCGCUGACUUCUUCCCACCACAAUCUCGCCAGAAACUCACGCGCAAGAAAUGCACUGAUCCCAUCCCGACAUGUAUAUCGCUCUGUAUGAAAGAUCUCGAAGGCUGCUCGCACGUCUGCUCCUCUAGGUGCCAUAGUGGGCCUUGUCCCCCUUGCUCCAUUCCCCUCGUACGUCCCUGCCGCUGCGGAUCCACGACCCGAGAAGUCUCCUGCAGCUCCAUCCGCGAAAGUGACGCCUCACAAGAAAUUCUAUGCGACAGACCCUGCGGCGCGUUGCGGGCUUGCGGACGACAUCAGUGUACGAGGUUGUGCUGUCCUUUGGCGGCAUUAGCUGGCGGGGCCGGUAAAGGCAAGGGCAAGAAGAGGGCAGGGGCUGAAAUGGUGGUGGAUGAGGCGGGGUGGCAUGAGUGUGAUUUGGUCUGUGGGAAGUUGUUGAGUUGUGGAAACCAUAGGUGCGAAGAGAAGGAUCAUAAAGGUCCUUGUAGGUCUUGCCUGAGGAGUUCCUUCGAAGAGAUGAUCUGCUAUUGUGGACGCACUGUUCUGGACCCUCCCAUCCCGUGUGGCACAAGAAUCAACUGCACCUACCCUUGCGACCGUCCGCGACUUCCCUGCGGACAUCCAAAGUCGCCUCAUGCAUGCCACGAAGACCCCACUCCUUGUCCUCCCUGUGUCUUCCUCACUAACAAGACAUGCGCUUGUGGAAAGAAGAGCGUCGGAAAUGUUCGCUGUUCGCAGGAGAGGGUAUCGUGUGGCCAGGUUUGUGGGAAGCUGCUUGGUUGUGGAUUCCAUCAUUGCGAGAGGUUGUGCCAUGGUGAUGCCUGUGGCGCCUGCACGGCUGUGUGUGGCAAGUCGAGAAAGCUGUGUUUCCCAGCACAACACCCGUGCUUGCAUCCCUGUCAUGCACCCUCCGUGUGCGACGAAACUGAGCCCUGCCAGGCCAUCGUCACCAUCACCUGUCCGUGUGGUCGCAUGAAACAGCCCAUAGCCUGCGGUCGUUCCACAUCCAACUCAGCGAGCCGCGAGUCCACACAAACACUGAAAUGCUCCACCGACUGCGCUGUGGCCAAGCGCAAUGCGAAAUUGGCAGAGGCACUGGGUAUCAAUCCCGAGGCGAAGUCGAGUGGGGGCAAGGAACAAAGCGUGGUUUAUACGGACGAGUUGACGGCGUUUGGGAAGGCAAAUGCAAAGUUUGUGGGCUUGGUGGAGAAGACACUUGGAGAGUUCGUGAAGUCGGAUAGGAAAGUGCAAGUGUUGCCGCAUAUGCCCGAAGCUAGGAGGAACUUCGUACAUAACCUCGCGGCCGUCUACCGCAUAGACACUCAAAUGGUAGAUCAAGAACCCAAUAGAAGCGUCCAACUCAUUCGUCGUCUGGAUACUCGCAUCCCAAGCCCUCUCCUCUCAUCCACCCUUUCAUCAACAACCUCCGGCGGACUCGGAAAACUCGCUGACUUGCGUUCCCCCGUCAGCCAAUGGCCCAAAGUCCAGCAACGUCCAGCUGCCUCUGCCCUGCCCAAUACUGGACCGACUCGAGGCUGGACCGCAAUAGUCGCCAAACCUCCCGUCGCUCCGAAGCCCUCGACCACCCCUACUCCCGGCUUGAGAGCUCUAAAUGCCUCCCAGUCUUCUAGGCCGUCGUCGUCGUCUUCACCUGCGUUUGGAGCGAGGCCUACACCACCAAUCGCAACGUCUGCGAGGGUGCCGACGCCGACGUUGGUGGCGGAGAAGAAGGAACAGGAGCAUGUACCGGAUAAUUGGGAGGAUGAUGUAUGAGUGUAGAAUGUCCUGAUUGCCGUCGUGUACGCGUGCCAAUGUAUAUGCGUCCAAAGAGAUGUCCUCGAUAUUGGCAGUAGAAUAAACUGUCAUCGAGUAGAUCUACUGAACAACAGAGAAAUUUGGG